CAGUAUUUAUUUGAUUUGCUUAUACCAGCUUCAAGCAAAGAGCAAAAGUUCCUGAACCUUGACUCUUAUUGCCAUAAAAAUAAGUUUAUAAGAACACAGCAUUAAAAUCUAUGCUACAAUUGAUGUGAAAACUAAGUCACUCUAGGUAUAAUAUUGAAAAUGUAUAUUAUCAUAGUCUUUUCAAUCAAUUGUCAUGUUUCUUAUCAAUCUAGUUUAUCUAGAAUACAAUUUCUGGGAUAGAGAAGAUGAGGCAAGAGCAAUGAGUUAUUUUCAACCCUGGAUCAGAAAACAAAAAGUACCAGGUAAUUAAUUAUUUGUUCAUGUACAUCACCCAAAAAGGGCCAUUAAUUGAGGCCAAAACCACAUUAAGGCCAAAAAGGGCCUGGAUCUGCCACCGCAUCAUGCAUCAAAGUAACGCAUCACAGUACAAAAUGAGCGAAUCAUACUUUGCCAUGUGCCCAGAUUUUAAUACAUUUAAAGAUAUCAGUGUACUGUACUUCAAAAUCAUUUCUAAGUUGAAUACUAGUGUUCAAAAGUAUAGCCCCUACAAUAGUUUCUCAUCUCAACAUCCAUGUUUGUUCAGCCGCAGAGAGAUUAAUAUUAAUGUUAAAAAAUUAAAAACAUUUAUGACACAAAACUGCUAUAUAUCAAUACAUUACGCAUUU